AUGCAUUUCGCGACGCUCACUUCCGCCCUUCUAGUCGCUGCCGCCGGCGCGGUACCUAACGAUGCCCUGAUGAAGGUGUCCACCUCAAUAGCCAGCAAGCAGACCUGUAUCUCCAAGCUGAGAGCCGCCCCGUCGAGCGUUUCGCCGCUGCCAACACGCACAAAAACUUCGAUGACCACCAUCAGCUCCACGACCACAACCUGUGGUUCUGCCUCAACGACCACGGUCACCAUUACACCAGACGCCGUUACUUCCACAACGAUUGUCAACACCACUUCGACUUUGCAGCUGAAGCCCCGUUUGGUCACAGCUCCUGCUGGAACUGCUGCUACUGCUUGCUCGUCCACAACUACAAUGUACGUGCAGAGCAAUGGAGAGGUUGUCUACAAGUCUAAUACAAAUGCAGAACCAUCGGCACAACUACUGUCUACACGGGAUCGUACAAUGGUACUCUCGCUAAGCGGACCGCAAGCCCUCUGGACCGUCUGUACCCUGUCGGCCAGCGCCGCUCUUCCCUGAAUGUCAACAUGUUCAACAACUUCGGCCAGCGGGCCAUGAGUGGCGUGAGCCAGAAGCCAGUCGCGGUCGAUUGCGUGAAGCAGGUCACUACAUACUACUUGACCACCUCGGUCAUUGCCGAGCAGCCCGCAACCGAGACAGUCACUGCAGACACUCCAACAGUGUUCGUGACACAGGCGGAAAAGAUUGUGGCUACUCCCACUGCGCCUGUGUCCAUCACGAGCACGACACUUGCGCCUGGGUCCGCCAACGCCACCGUUUCAGCUGGUGGUCUCUGCACUGUCACUGAAGCUGCAAGCACUACUACCCAGCACCUGAAAUGCGCCCCGACCAAUCUUAUCUCUUCGGUCAAUGGCAAGGGCAUCGGCCAGACCGGAGGCAGCUCAGCGAACACCAGAGGACUUGCAGCGGGCAGUGACCCAAGUGCUUGCUGCCAACUUUGCGUUGAUACCGACGAUGACGAUGGCCAAUGCGCGGCAUCACAGGACGAUCCAGAUGCCGGCAACUGCUUCCUGUGGUACACCUCGCCGUCGUGCGGUGUCGGAUUGAAGUAUUCGGACGGCGGAAAGGAUCUCGCGCCGGGCGCAGGUAUGACGUUCCGCAAAUCUUUCGAUUUGACCAUUCACUAAUCUGCUUGUCUGUUGCGUAGGAUUCUUGAUCCAGACGGGUUGCGGAACCGUCGAGGCCGUCGACUCCUUCUAA